AGCUGAAAACGACCUAGUAAAACAAUGAUCUAGUGAAUCCGUAGCGACAUAUGAAUGAGCUCGUAUAAAGAACCGCCAUGGCCUCAAUCGUCGAAAUACUUUUGCUCGGCUCCUUCAUUUCUUUGAAGACAAUCAUUCCUUGUUGAUCAGUCCCUCCAUCACAGACUCACAGAGUCCACACCACAAACACAUCGGAUCCACCCCCAUUUUAUACCCAAUGUUCACAUUCACCUUCAGAUGGCUGCGAUUCCGGCGGCCAACAGCCCCUUUACCUGCGCUCCCAACCGGGAUUGAGCGCUUCUUUGUCCAGACACCUGGCGGGGGGAUCGAGGUGCUGCGUGGAAAAAUGCCAACGUCAGCAGCGCGGGCGGGUGCCUCCCCCCUUUUCUUUAUCCACGGCGGCAUGGGCGGGGCGUGGGUGUGGACAGAAUACCUCGAGUACUUUGCGGCCCGCGGCAUCCCGUGCUACGCAGUAUCCCUGCGUGGCCACGGCGGCAGCUGGCAUCCUUCGUUUCUGCGCAUGGUGUACGGCACCACCAAGCGCAUGCUGGCCGACGAUGCGGUUGCCGCGCUGCGUUGGGUGCAGGAGCGCGAGGGCGGGAAGGAGGUUGUCUUGGUUGGGCAUUCUAGCGGCGGAGGGCUCUCGCAGUUGAUUCUGUCUGAGCAGGACGUCAGAGUGAAAGGCUUGGUGUUGGCGGGCGCGGUACCGGGUUUUGGAUCCUUGGGUGUCUACAUCAAUUGGUGGUUACUAGAUCCUUGGUUUAACAUCAGGAUGAUCUUCCACGGCUACCAUCCUAAUUCGCCCCUCUCUCACCCGGCGCUGACGCGAAAGGUCUUCUUCAGCGAAAAGCUGCCCGAAGACUAUGUUCUCAAAUUUCAAGAAAGGGUUUGCGCCUAUGAGAGCUUUCUCUGGCCCUUCGGCAUGUUCAGGCCGUUUGCUAAACCGGAAAAGAUGCUCCCCAAGAUCACCAGUUGGGGUAGUGGGCAAAGCAUCAUGAUCCUCGCCGGCGAGAUUGACAAGAUCAUGACCCAUCCCAUCAUGGAGAACCUCGCCACCAUGUACCGCAAGGCGUACACUAAGCUGGUUGGGAGCAAAAAGCUCCAGGCCGAGGAUGUUGAUGUUGGGCCUAUCCCCGGAGAGGGUGGUCAAGACACAGCUGGUCAUGGCGUGAGGUUAUGCGUUGUUCCGGGGGCCGGCCACCACAUGCAGAACGAUGUUACCUGGGAGAUUGGAGCUCAAAAACUCCUUGCCUUCUAUGAGCAGUUGUGAGACCGUGUAUGCCUAGUUGGCUUUUUUGCUUCUUUCUGACGAUGUACUGUGAAUAACUGGAAUGGGAAGAACAUCUCGACUUCUCUGAUGUUUGGCAUUUGGCUGAUACCGAAAUCUGGGGUGGUCGUUAUAGGAGUUAGUGAAUCGAACAAUACGAUAG